ACUGUCUCCAAAAGAAAAACAAUAUUCUAUUUGUUCGUUUUAGCCAUUCAUGAAAUAAAUCAAUGCAUUUAAAAAAAAGUCACAAACAAAGGUCACAGAUUUUUUUUUCAAACUUUUCCCUUAACCUUGACAGAUUUCAUUAAAAAGUCUUUUCAUAACAAAAUUAUAGAUAAUAAAUUAUGGAAGUUCAUCGUUGUCGAUUUGUUGAAUAUCAACCAGCAGCUAUUAAUGCUUUAGAUUUUACCCCUUCUACCGUCCCAAAUACUCGCUUGGCUGUCGGUAGAGCCAACGGCAACAUUGAGAUCUGGGAUCCUACUUACAACUACAGACUCGAAAAGACUUUACCCGGUGGCGAAGAUCUUUCGGUUGAGAGUGUUGUCUGGGCUCACCAAAAUACUGUUGUCGAUGUCGAUGCCGAUGACACUCCUGAAGAAAUUGCUAAAGAAACCGAAUUAUUAUUACAAAAGCCCCCUCGUCUUUUUUCUUCUGGAUUGAAUCCCUAUAUUAUUGAAUGGGAUACUACCACCAUGACAGCAAAGAAAUCGUGUGAUUCUAACGGUGGUGCCGUGUGGUGUUUAGCUGUCAACAGCAAAGGUACUCGUUUAGCAGCUGGUUGUGAAGAUGGUUGCAUUCGUAUGUUUGAUAUUGCUGAUGGUGCACUUGAAUAUAUCCGUAGUUUCGAACCUCAAAAGGGUCGUGUCUUGUCCGUCUCUUGGGCUCCCAAUGAUGCAUAUAUCGUUUCUGGUGGUUCUGAUUCCGCUAUUCGUACAUGGAAUCCACUUACUGGUCGUACUAUCCAUCGUAUGACUGUCGCAAAGAACCGUAAAGACCAAACUUUAGUUUGGGCUGUUGCUGCUCUCAAGGAUGAUACAAUUGUUUCCGGAGAUUCACUUGGCACUAUGACAUUUUGGGACAGUAAAUUAGGCACAGUAAAGCAAUCUAUCCGCGCCCACGGAGCAGAUAUUCUUUGUAUUGCAGCAUCCAAGGACGGUAAACAAGUAUUCUCUGCUGGUGUGGAUCGUAAAAUCACAGCUUUCCGUCGUACAACAGGCUCAAAGAAUAAGAAGGCCGAUACAGUGAAUGAUUGGAUUAAUGUUGGAAGUCGUAGAUAUCAUUGGCACGAUAUUCGUGCGCUUGCACUUGAUGAAAGACCCAAAAUUAACUCAAUUGUUUCUGGUGGUGUUGAUGUUGAAUUAGUCGCUUGUCCUGCUGCCGAGUUCCCUAAAUUAAUCCAAAACAGAUUACCCCCUUUCCCUCACAAGUACAUUGUUUCCCUUUCAAAGUCACACAAGCUUAUCAUGUCUGCCUUCUUCAACUCCAUUUCACUCUGGAGAUUAGGUGAAGCCGAGAAAGUCGAGCUUAACGCAAAGAAUCCUUCCCUUCCUGAAAUGGUGCAACCUCAUCAACUUGCACUUGAGCUUAAGUUAAAGCCUGAUUGUAAUAUCACCUCCAGCGCGCUUUCUGAAGAUGCUAACUGGAUUGCUGUAUCCGAUGUGGAAAAUACUAGACUUUUCAGAGUCAACCAAGGAUCUGAACCUGGUCAAUUAGAAGUCAAGAAACAAAGAUCGUUUGAAAGAGAAUUGAAUAAUUAUUUAGGCCAACAUCAUGCUGCUCCUGGUGCUCAUCAUGUCUUGUUCACACCCGGUUCUGAUAAAUUAAUCAUUGUCACAGCUGAAUCUCGUAUUCUUAUUGUGGAUCUUUCAGCUUGGGAGGAAGGUAGAUUCGAAGUUUUACGUGAGUUUGGACACCAUCGUGGUUUGGACAGUGAAGGAAAUACAUCAGAUGAUUAUGCUAUUGCUACCGUUGUCACAAUCAAUGUCAGCUCUGAUGGACAAUGGUUAGUGACUGGUGAUGACGAAAACCGUAUUCAUGUAUUCAACUUAGACAGCUUAAAGCAUCACCUUAAACUUCCUCAAGGAAAUAUCCCUCAUACAGCAUUAUCAUUUAACGAAUUCCGACCAAACGAAUUAUUAGUUGCUUUGGCCACCAACGCCAUCUUUAUCUACGAUGUCGAAUACAAACGAUUAACAAAUUGGUCCAUGAGACACCAAGAUAUGGCUAAAUGUCGACUUUUAGAGCAAAGAGAUCGUAUUCGUGGCGCCAUUUAUAAUCCAGCCGAUAAAAACAAGAUUAUUUUAUACGGUAGUACAUACAUGUGUCUUUUGGACGCUGAAGAUAAACCCACCAAGAAAUCAGGAAAGAGAAAGAAUAACGAAAAACCAAAACCAGCUUCUGAUGACGAGAUUCCCGUUUCCAUUUCCUACCAAUAUCAACAAAUUUUGGCUUGUGGCUUCAUUGGUGAGAACCAAUUGGUCAUGAUCGAAAGACCCAAGUUUAGUGUCUUAGAAAAGUUACCACCUUCUUUUUACAAGGCCCAUUUUGGUGCAUAAAAUUUGUAGUAAUAUUAUAAUGAAAAUAAAAAAAAUAAUUGUAGAUUUUAAGUUUAUUUAAGUCCCUUUACAAAUGUAUCAUCCGCUUGUUCGAACGCUGUUAAUCCUUCUGCAUCAACUAAUGUUGUAUCAAUACCUCUGCUGAUCAAUAACUUGGCAACUUCUAAUUGUUCUGAUAUGCAUGCUAUAAAACA